AUGAAGAUAAGUGAAAUGAAUUCAUUGAUUUGGCCGAGAUAUAAUAGAGACCAGAGAGGGCUGAUGCUUAUCAGGGAACAGGUUGUUAUAAUUUGGCUUGCUCAGGCUUUGUUCAAACCAGCUCAAACAUCGUACCUGGAGCUGCAAUUCGGCAUUAUUCAACUUAUAAUGGCCCACAAUAUAACAUUAUUUUAUCUAUUGAAAAGAAGUUCGAGGGCCCACACAAAAACACAAAUGGGGAGUGGCCAUUUUCCAAACGAAGGCUAUGGCGAAGCAGCUUAUAUACGAAACAUAGAAGUGCUUGAUGAAAAUUAUGAAAUAGCCCCAGCACCACAACUUCAAUAUAUCUCUCCUGAGAAACCGAAUUGCUAUUGGGCAAGAAUUGGGUCGCCCAGUGAAACUUGGGGUAGUUACAUGUUUUUUGGAGGGCCUGGUAGAAAUGUCAAUUGUCCUUGA